CGUCUUCUCGUUCAUUCUCGGUUGUGUAGCGCACGCUCCAUCUCCUGCUAUCUUCAUCUUUUCUCUCUCCAAAAUCUAGCCCUAAUUCUUCCAUCUCGUCUCUUUUGCUCUCGAACGCGUAGCCAUGGCUGGGGAGGAGACCACGCCAGCGGUGGUGGAGGAGAACGUCCAGGAUCCGGCGCCAGCGGAGCCCAAGUUGGAGGAUCCCCCGGCUAAGGCGACGGCCAAGCCGAAGAAGGCCAAGGAGCCCAAGGCUAAGAAGCCUUCCGCUCCCAAAAAGCCCCGAUCUCCUCCUGCCCACCCCCCUUACAUCGAGAUGAUCGGAGAGGCGAUCACUUCGCUGAAGGAGAGGACUGGAUCGAGCCAGUACGCGAUCACUAAGUUUAUUGAAGAUAAGCACAAGGCCUAUCUUCCCCCCAACUUCCGCAAGCUUCUCCUCGUCCAGCUGAAGAAGCUCACCGCCAGCGGUAAGCUUACCAAGGUCAAAAACUCGUACAAGCUGCCGCCCUCUCGCCCUCGAGCUCCGGCGAAGCCCGCCACCGCUGCGGCGAAGACGAAACCGAAACCCAAGCCCAAGCCCACUGCGGCCACCAAGCCCAAGCCCAAACCCAAGCCGAAGCCUGCUGCGGCAGCGAAGCCCAAGCCUAAGCCGAAGCCCAAGCCCAAGCCUGCUGCGGCAGCAAAGCCCAAGCCGAAGCCGAAGGCGCCGGCGCCGGCCGCGACCAAGCCCAAAGCUGCCGCCGCGAAGCCGAAGACGAAGCCUAAGCCUGCGGCGAAGGUAGCCAAGCCGAAGGCGAAGACCCGUCCGGCGAAGGCAGCUAAGACCUCGGCCAAGGACACGCCUGGGAAGAAGGCCAACCCGCCGGCGAAGCCUGCCGCCGCCCCGAAGAAGGCCGCCGCAGCCAAGGCGUCGCCGAAGAAGGCGAAGGCCGGGAAGGCCGCCGCGAAGCCUCCGGCGAGGAAGGCUCCUGCGAGGAAAGCCAAAAAGUAGAAUAUUUUUUUCUUUUUAAAUCCCGAGGAGCAGUUGUUUGUAAAUUCGAUGAUGUUGUGGGGUGUGCGCUGCGUUUGCAUACCUUUGUGGCUUUUUUUAGAGAAUGAAAAAUAUUUUCACACCA